GCGGCGGGUUUAGCCGCGCGGCCGCGGGCCCGCCGCUCACUCAGCGCCACGCCGGACAUGGAGAAGGAACACCAGCAGCAGGACUCGCUCGCCACAGUCGCCGUCAAGGACUACGCGCCCUCCGAGUCCGCCUUCAGCUGCGAGCCGCCCCCGGCCUACCAGAAGCCAAUGAGGUCGACGGCAGUGCAGGUGGCUCGCAUCGCGGCCGUGACGCUGGUGCUGAUGAGCUUCAUCCUGGGCUCGUUCAUCCUGGCCGCCUCCUGGAUCCAGGCUGCGCGCUCCUGCGAGCUCCAGCUCCAGCUGCAGGAGGACUUCUCGCGCCAGCAGGAGGACCAGCCGGGCUACCAGGCGCUGGUGUCUGACCCGCUGCAGUCGGAGGAGUCGAUGGCGCACAAGAAGCUGGCGGCGGUGGACCAGCGCUUGGACGCCGAGCCUCAUCAGCAGGAGUCGGAGGCGCAGGAGCAGCAGCAGCAGCAGCAACAGGACCAGGACCAGGAGCAGGAGCAGGACGAACCCUCGGCGGAGCAGCCGUCCGACGAAGACGGCGCCGACCGCGAACAGCAGCUGCACUUCAAGCUGCCGCUCACGCUAGACUUCGACGACCUGGCCGGCUCGCUGGUGGAGCGCAACCUGCGGGCGCGCAUGGACUGCGUGGUGGAGAAGCGGCGGCUGGACCAGACGGUGGCGCAGCCGGCGCGCGAGCUGCGGCUGCCCUUCGGCCUCAACGUGAGCACCGCGCCGCGCCUCGAGCACUCCACCGGGGAGCGGCUCGCCAUCUCCUGCGAGACCGGCCGCGACCAGAGACACAUGCCGGCCAUGGAGGUGAUGGGACCCGUGGUGGUGCCGCUGCCGGGCCCCGUACAGCUGCCCCUGCAGUUCCACGGCGCGCACAUGCAGCCGCAGCCACAACACCGCCCCAGGCCGCAACCGCAGCCGCAGCCGGAGGAGCAGGCGGUGCCGCUCCACAUCCUGGAGGCGCUGCGCGUCCCCAUACAGGUGGCCGAACUGCAGCAGGGUCCUGCGGAGAUGCAGCGCAUCCCGAUCCAGAUAACGGAGGUGCACGAGAUCCCGGAGGUGCAGCUGCGCCAGGGCCCGGGCCGCAUCCCGCCGCAGGUGGUGGCGGAGAUGCGCGCCGCCGUGCAGAUGGCCGCUGCGGAAGCCGCCGCAGCUGCCGCCCGCAGGCCCCCGCAGCCGCAGCCGCCGCAGAGGCCCGUGCCAGCGUCUGAGGCGCAGCUGCGCGCCCACCUGGAGGCGCAGGCGCAGGCGCAGGCGCAAGCCCAAGCACAGGCGCAGGCGCAGGCGCAGCAGGCCCGCCGCAUGCCGCCGCAGCUGCAGCUGGCCGAGGCCCACCAGAUCCCCAUGCACAUGUUCGAGGCACAACAGAUCCCCGUCCAGGUCGCCGAGGGACAGGUCUUCGAGGCCCACCACGUGCCGAUGCAGAUGGCUGAGGAGGCAGAAGCACGCUCUGCACAGGAGGCUGGUGGCAUGCCACUAGAGGCAAUGCAGAUGCCCUACCAGAGGCUCGUUCCGCCGCCUCCACAGCCACAGCCACACCAGGGGCCUGCCCGUCCACAUUAUGUGCAUCCACGAUCUGUGCGCAGUGUGGAUCAGGUGUUCCACAAGCGUGACAAGCGUGUGCGCAGGUGCGCCUGUGACUGUGCCUGCUGAAGUUCUUUAGAAAUGGUGCGAAGGUCAUCUUCAAGAUCUCGCCACAGCGAUAUUGUCGCUUGCAUCCCUGAGAGAACUUACUAUCCAUAGAUUUUUUUACUAUAAUUACUUGUCUCUGUAGAAGUCUGAUUCUCAUUUUAAUGCUCCUUUUACAUUUAGCUGAUAAUGUAGACCAUAGUACCUUGACUUAGAAAUGUAAAUACAUACAUUAAAUUCUGAAUUAAAGUUAAUCUCAGCAUCAAACAAUGAUAAUCUCAUUCUGCUGCUGGAUGCACUGAUAUUAGGAAAGAUUUAUAAACUCUUCAGUAUUUCCAGUAUGUUUGUAACAUCACAUUUGUAUUAUGGUAAUUGACAUAUUGUAUAUUCUGUUAAGUGGAAAACUGUCAAAAUAAAUACUGAAUAAACAAAAUUCUAGAACGUCACUGAUGUACAAAUCAUAAGUGUUGUGAUAUACCAUUAAUUGUGAAAUACAUUGGAACGGUAAUACAUACAUGUAAUAAAUGUCCAA